AUGGAGAAUGGAGACAUACCUGAGGAUGCCAAUGAGCAUUGCCCAGGUCCUCAGUCUGAAUCUGCUGGAAAAUCUGAUGCAUGUGAAGGGUGCCCAAAUCAGCAAAUUUGUGCCACUGCCCCCAAAGGACCUGACCCCGAUCUGGUUGCCAUUGCAGAAAGAAUGGCUACUGUGAAACACAAGAUAUUAGUCUUAUCAGGAAAAGGAGGAGUUGGUAAGAGCACAUUCUCUGCACAGCUGGCAUUUGCUUUAGCAGAAAGGGAUUUUCAGGUGGGUCUUCUUGAUGUUGAUAUUUGUGGUCCAAGCAUUCCAAAGAUGCUUGGCCUAGAAGGUCAAGAGAUACACCAGAGCAACCUUGGUUGGUCUCCUGUCUAUGUGGAGUCCAACCUUGGGGUCAUGUCAAUUGGGUUCAUGCUCCCCAACCCUGAUGAAGCUGUUAUAUGGAGAGGCCCACGUAAAAAUGGACUUAUCAAGCAGUUUCUAAAAGAUGUCUACUGGGGUGAACUUGAUUUUCUAAUCGUCGAUGCUCCACCUGGAACCUCAGAUGAACACAUUUCCAUUGUUCAAUGCCUUGAUGGCACUGGAGUAGAUGGUGCAAUUAUAGUGACUACUCCUCAACAAGUUUCUCUUAUUGAUGUGAGGAAAGAAGUGAAUUUUUGCAAGAAAGUUGGCGUGAAAGUUCUAGGGGUUGUAGAAAAUAUGAGUAGCCUGUGCCAGCCCAUCACAGAUUUCAAAUUUAUGAAAAUGUCUGAUGAAGGGGAGCAGAAAGAUGUGACACAGUGGGUUUGGGAAUAUAUGAAAGAAAAAGCACCAGAAAUGUUGAAUUUGAUUGCUUGCACUGAAGUGUUUGAUAGCAGUGGUGGGGGAGCAGUGAAAAUGUGCAAUGAAAUGGGGGUACCCUUUCUUGGUAAAGUUCCUUUAGAUCCACAGCUUUGUAAGGCAGCUGAAGACGGUACAUCCUGCUUUGCUAAUAAAGAUUGUGUUGUUAGUGCUCCGGCAUUAAAGAAGAUUAUAGUGCAGUUGAUUGAAACUAAUGGGUGGUCAAUGUUAUUAAGUAAUGGAGCUUAG